UAUAUUAUUACAAGCUAUAUAUUCCCAGAACUGCUUUGUCUUCUUGAUCUCUCUAUAUAUACCAUCAAAAGAAUUAAAAAAAAAAAAAAAAGAAAUAUCGAAACAAAUACAUUCCCCAAAUAAACGCGAUUCGUGAAUCGUGAUCUGUACAGAACUCAGACAAACCCUAGAAAGCAAUCAACCCAACUCAGCCCUCAAUUUUAGGCUUAUUGAUUUUUAUUUACUUACUAAUUUAUACUCUCUUGUCUCCUCCAUAUAUCUUUUCCUGUUCAGUCCAUUGUAAUUAGUGGACUUGGAGUUGAAUGCCAAGUAUUUCCUUUCUUGAUGGGUGGAUUUGGGAACCAUUAGUGGGUUUUGAUUGGAUGCAAGUGUUUUCCUUGGACUUUGCUUUCUUAAUCAUAGAGUUCUGAUUUGAUUCAGUUAAUACUUGUGUCUGUGUUCCCAUUGGAUGUUAUUUAUAAAGAUUGGUAUUUCAUCCGGGUUUUUUCUCCAAGAAUUGAAAUCUAGUUGCGUUCUUGGAGUUCAAGAUUCUACUUUAGUUAAUCUUUAUUUUAUUUUUUUCCUCGUAUACUGCGCCGCAUUGGAGUCUAAAGUGGAGACUCGUCAUUGUUCUUGAUUCUUGAUUUUGGGCGAUUUCUUGAACUGGGUCUUAAAUUCUUUUUGGAGAAUUCAGCAAGUUAUAUUGUUUGCACGAUAGGAUUGGUUUAAUUGGAUUUGUACAGCGGCAAAGCGAUAAAGAUUUCAAAAUCUGGUGAGUAGCCUUUGUGAUUUGAGUCUAAGUUUGGAGGUAAAAUUGGAGAGAGGGAUAAGAUACAACACAAAUUGCCUUUUUGGAUACUUCUUUCUUUGGAUUGAAUAUUCAAUACUUGGUAAAGUGUGAAUGAGGGGAGGGGGAGAUGAAAGGUGAAGCUUGGGGACUGAGGGGUCAACUAUGACUACAGGGUCAUUGGGUCUUCGAUCUUCAGGAAGUUAUGGGUCAUUGCAGCAACAGCAAAUUCAGAACGGUCCAUUAUCAUUGCCAAUCCAAACUACACCACCUCUCUCAUCGAGAAAGCCUCCAAAGAUGCUUAAGGAGAAGGAUAGAUUGUUCCACUGGAUCUGCAAAUUCGCCCCUCGAAAGAAGGUUGGGAUGCUGCUCUUGUGUCUUGUUUCUGCUGCAGUUUUCGGCUGGGUCUUAUAUCUAGGCAAAGGUGAAGAUGCUUUAGAAACCAUCGUUCAAAAUAUAAAUAUUCAAUCUGGCCCAAUACCUGGGGAGACGAACACGAGUGAGACUUUCUCUUAUGAAGUUAGGGAACUGGAGGGAAGUGCAAAUGCAACCAUAGCACCUCCACCCCCACCUGCACCCCCUGCUUUUUUUACGGGAUACACACUUCCUCCUGGGAAUCCAUGUGAGAGUUUUACAUUGCCUCCGCCACCAGCAGAUAAGAAAAGGACAGGACCGCGGCCAUGUCCCGUGUGCUACCUGCCUUUGGAAGACGCGAUUGCUCUUAUGCCGAAUGCACCAUCCUUUUCUCCAGUUCUUAGAAAUUUGGAAUAUAUUCAUGAAGAAAAUUUAACAAAAUCUGAAUUUGGAGGUUCAGAAUUUGGUGGAUAUCCUUCACUGAGACAGAGGAAUGAUUCGUAUGAUAUAAGAGAGUCAAUGAGCGUGCACUGUGGGUUUGUCAAAGGAGUGCAACCAGGCCGUCAGACAGGAUUUGAUAUUGAUGAUUCUGAUCUUCUUGAGAUGGAAACUUGUCAAGGGGUGGUUGUCGCAUCGGCAAUUUUUGGAGCCUUUGAUUUAAUACGUCAACCGCAGAAUAUCAGUGAAUAUUCCCAAAAAAAUGUCUGCUUUCAUAUGUUUGUGGAUGAAGAAACAGAAGCUUUUUUGAGAAAUUCUAGUGAGCUUGACCAUAACAAGAAAGUUGGGUUGUGGAGAAUCAUUCUUGUUCACAACCUACCCUACUCUGAUCCCAGGCGCAACGGAAAGGUCCCAAAACUACUGCUUCACCGGCUUUUCCCUAAUGCCCGGUACUCACUGUGGGUUGAUGCAAAACUUGAGCUGGUUGUGGAUCCAAUUCAGAUCCUUGAAAGGUUUUUAUGGAGGAAAAAUACGAGUUUUGCAAUAUCAAGGCAUUAUAAGCGGUUUGAUGUAUUUGAAGAGGCAGAAGCAAAUAAGGCUGCUGGGAAGUAUGACAAUGCUUCCAUUGAUUUCCAAAUUGAAUUUUACAAAAAUGAGGGUUUAACACCAUAUUCUGUGGCAAAAUUUCCCAUUACUAGUGAUGUUCCUGAAGGUUGUGUAAUAGUUAGGGAGCACAUCCCAAUCUCCAAUCUGUUCACCUGUCUGUGGUUUAAUGAAGUGGAUCGUUUUACAUCCAGAGACCAGAUAAGUUUUUCCACAGUCAGGGAUAAGAUCCGGUCGAAGACCAAUUACACUAUUAAUAUGUUCUUGGACUGUGAAAGACGCAACUUUGUUGUCCAGGGUUACCACAGGGACUUGCUUGAGCACUGGUCUGCCCCUGCACCUCCCGACGGUGUUCAUCCUCCACCGCCAAUUACAUUAAUGGAUGAAAGUCCAAAGAAAACCUAUCCUGGGCUUUCAGCUGGCAAUGAUCUAAGUAGUAAUCCAAUGAAGAAGGCUCCCACGAGACAUGGGAAAGACAGGAGGCCGAAACGUCAUCGGAAAGUCAUUGCUGGCAGUAGAGAUGUCAAUACCAAGUAAAAAAUUUUGGUCUAGCCGAGAUUCUUAAUUCUUUCCUUCCCUGUUCCAAGAUUGAGAGGUGCGGGGCUAGGAGCUUGUGUGAGACGAGAGAGUUAUAGUUAUAUCUCCAUACAAUUAUCCGUGUUGUUUUUUUUUUUUAAAGUAUUUCUCACAGAUGUCACAUUUAUCUAUUUUUUCAAUGUACAUAUUUAUAUAUGAUGUAUUGGUUGGAAUAAUUAGCACAUCGUUGAACGUGACUA